GAGCUCAUCCAUCCACAGGCUAACCGCUACUUAGCAGACAACGUAAACACUGGCAUUUCUGUGGGGAGAUCGGGUUAUUUCAGCAGUUUAGAUCUUAGCUUUUCUUCCGCUUUUUUCUACAGAAUUACUACACGAUGUGGCCGAGUAGCUAAAUGUCUCGUGAUCAGUCAUGAUUGAUUGGAUCUGGGAUUUACGGAGGCCUUGAACUUGUCCUGCUAACGGAUGCCCAUGAUUCAACUGGAGAAGCCAGUCCUGACUGGUACCAUGCCAGUGGUAUGGCCCACCAUCCUUGACCUGGGUAGGGAUGAGUGCAAAAGAAUCCUCCGGAAACUGGAGCUGGAGGCUUAUGCUGGAGUCAUCAGUGCCCUGCGAGCCCAAGGAGACCUGACAAAGGACAAGAAGGACCUGCUGGGAGAACUCACUAAAAUCCUUGGCAUCUCAACAGAGCGCCAUCGUGCAGAAGUGCGCAGGGCUGUCAAUGAUGAACGCCUCACCACCAUUGCGUAUCACAUGUCUGGUCCCAACAGCUCGUCCGAAUGGUCCAUCGAAGGACGCCGGCUCGUCCCUUUGAUGCCGAGGCUGGUUCCCCAGACAGCCUUUACAGUCACUGCCAAUGCUGUGGCCAGUGCAACAGCCAAUCAGAAUGCCUCCCUACUGCUGCCAGCAGAAACGGGAAACAAAGAAGUGGUUGUAUGUUACUCCUACACGAGCACCACCUGCACCUCCACCAGCGCCACGGCGACCAGCGGCCCCAUCGGCGCGACGGUGAAAUCUCCUCGACCUCCCAGCCCUUCGUCCAACGUGGUGGUGCUGCCCAGCGGGAGCACCGUCUAUGUAAAAAGCGUUAGCUGCUCUGACGAAGACGAGAAGCCUCGCAAGCGAAGGCGCACCAACUCCUCCAGCUCAUCGCCGGUGAUGCUGAAAGAGGUCUCCAAGGUGUCGCCGCCGGUAUCCAAGAACAUCACAGUGCCGGUGAGCGGCAGCCCCAAGAUGAGCAACAUCAUGCAGAGCAUCGCCAAUUCCCUGCCGCCCCACCUGUCCCCUGUCAAGAUCACCUUCACCAAGCCCACCAUCCAGACCACCAGCACCACUACGCAGAAGGUAAUCAUCGUGACAACGUCGCCAAGCUCCAAUUUUGUGCCCAACAUCCUCUCCAAGUCUCACUCCCACAACAACGCCGCCAUGGCCAAGCUGGGCUCCACCUCCAUGCUGACCGGGCCCACCCAGAAACAGACGGUGGUGUUUCCAGCCAACUCCAGCCCUUCCUCCAACCCCAACGCAAUCGCCGUUACAACAGUGGUCUCCUCCACUCCCUCAGUGGUCAUGUCAACUGUUGCACCAUCUGCAGCUUCGGCCGGAGUGAAGGUGGCUUCAGCCAGACUUCCUUCUCCGAAGACCCUGGUGGGUUCACCCACCCAGAUCCUGGCUCAGUUCCCCAAACAGCAGUCACCCAAACAGCUGCAGCAGAGUUCACCUUUAGGAGCCACCAGCGUCGGUCAGGGUCAGAGCAGCAGCACAUCACCGGGAGCCAAACCCACCAUCCAGAUCAAACAGGAGUCCGGAGUGAAGAUCAUUACUCAGCAGGUGCAGCCGAGUAAAAUCCUGCCCAAACCUUCAUCGGUGGCUCUGUCCAGCAGCAGCUCCUCUCCCAUUAUGGUUGUCAGUAGCAACGGAGCCAUCAUGACCACUAAGCUGGUCACUCAGCCCACAGCUACACAGGCCACCUAUACUAGACCCACUGUUAGUCCAAACAUCGGCGCCAGAAUAUCGGCCUCCAGUGGCGGGGCUACAUACGUCAAGACCACCAGCGGCAGCAUCAUCACAGUGGUGCCCAAGUCUCUGGCCACUCUGGGCGGGAAGAUCAUCAGCAGCAACAUCGUGUCUGGCACAACGACUAAGAUCACCACCAUCCCCAUGACCUCUAAGCCAAACGUAAUCGUGGUGCAGAAAACUACAGGCAAAGGAGCGACCAUCCAGGGGCUGCCUGGCAAGAAUGUGGUCACAACGCUUUUAAACGCCGGGGGCGAGAAGAGCCUGCAGGCAGUCCAGGGAACCAAGCCAGCCAUCAUCACCGCUUCCAGACCCAUCACCAAGAUGAUUGUCACCCAGCCCAAAGGCAUGGGCUCCGGGUCCCAGUCCACCGCCACCAAGAUCAUCCCGACCAAGAUCGUUUAUGGCCAGCAGGGCAAGACACAGGUUCUCAUCAAGCCGAAGCCAGUCUUCCAGGCAGCGGUGGUGAGCGAGCAGACCAGGCAGCUGGUCACUGAGACGCUGCAGCAGGUGACCCGCUCUGCGGAAAUGGGUCAGAGCCAGACUUCAGGUCAGGACGGGUCCUCGAAGGACGAGGCCGGCAGCCUCACUGAGGCCAGCAGCUUAGCCAGCGAGGCCUCGCAUAGCAGCACUCAAGAACCGCAGCCUGUAGUGCACGUGGUGUCCUCCAGAGAGCAGGAUUGGACCGAGCAGGAGGUUUCUGUGGAGUCCAGUCCCACUAUUAUCUACCAGGAGGUGUCUACCGCGGAAUCCCAGUCAGCCACCUCCACCAUCAAAGCGCUGCUGGAGCUGCAACAGACAACAGUGAAGGAGAAGGGAGAGUCCAAGCCGAGGCAACACACCAUCGACCUCAGCCAGAUGGCGGUGCCCAUCCAGCUGGCCCAGGAGAAGAAGCCGAGCCCAGAGUCCCCCCAACCCUCCACCUCCGAGGUCGAACCCAGCACCGAGUACAUCGUUCCAGGUAAAGCCGGCAGAGUGGGAGCAUCCUCGGAGGAUGACGACGUGGUCAUGUCCUCCAGUCAGCAGCUGGCGAAGCCUUAUAAAGCCGGCAGCCAGGUUACUGUGGUAACCAAACCGGUCGCUGUCUCCUCCACAGCUUCACAAGUGCCCUCUGACAGUAAAACUGAGACGGUGUUGGAGGUGGGCGAGCUGGAAGGUGACACUUUGGACCCCCAGACCGGUUUGUUCUACCGCUCCAGCCAGCCAGCUUCAGAACCCGUGAAGCAAACCGUCCACUCAGCUCAGCCAAUGCCCUCCAGCCAGGCUGAAGCAGAGGCGAGCCGGCACACCUCCACCUCCACCCCCACCCAGCAGCAGCCACUGCCCCCACAGCUGCAGAGCAAACCUCAGAUCAGCCAGCCCUCCUCCUCCUCCUCCUCCUUCUCCUCCACCCCUCCUCUGACCAAGAAAAUACCGAAACUACGAGAGCAGACUCAGCCCAAACCCCAGGCCUUAACCCAGAGCCCCAAAGACAGACCCCUGCCGGCACCAGCGCAGCCCGGGUUGAAGGUCGGGACCCCGGCCACGCCAACCAAACCCCUAGUGACGCCACAGCUGCCAAAGCUCCAGCAAGCCCCCACGUCCCACCACAGACCCCUCCACACGUCUAUGUCCCAUCCUCCUCCGCUGCAGGCGCAUCACCCCGUCAGCACUGAGAAGACUACCUCCAGCCAGCAGCCAAUCAUCACGCAGAGCGCCACCGUCACCAAGAUCACCUUUGGAAGCUCCCACCACUCAUCGCCAGUGUUCAGCAGUGGUGAGGCGGCCGCCAAGCUGAUCCCCGAGUCCAGCUCCGGGUCGUCGGGGGACAAGCCCUCGGUGUCGGACAUCCUAAAGAUCUCCAUGAUGGAGGCAGAGAUUGACCCGAGCACGGAGCCCAUGGUGGUGGAUUCCUCCAGCGACUGCGGCCCUCUGGGGAAGGCGCUGGAGGUGGCGGCCGUGUCGGGCACACUGGACUCGGGCCAGUUCAUCAGCAGCUCUGGAGCUGCCAUGCAUCACUCCCACGCGAAGCCCCAGCAGUUUAGCUGCAUGCAGGGUCUCACAGCGCAGAGGAGCAAAGAGGACCUGGAGGUCAUCGAGGUGAUCCCCCAGUACUCCAUCCUGCCGGACUCCAGCCAGUCCAACGUGGUGGUGGAGCCCAGCGGCUUCCUGGAGAUCACCAACUACACCAGCCAGCAGCUGGAGGAGGACAGCCCCAUGGAGCAGGAGGUGGACAGCAGCAACGAUGAGGCCACAGCAGCCAGCCCCCCCAACCAGCCAUAGUUGCUACACGUUGGUCGGAGCAGAGCACAUUUUCACUUUGAACAAGCCGACAGACCGUUUGUUUGUUUGAGGACUCAAAACCCAGCGGACGAGGACUUACCAGUUGUAUUUUUGCGUGUUAAAUACGAGUUAGUUUCUUUUCCACCUCCACUACUCAUAGCACAUGUGGUUUUUAUCGCCAAAUUUGGGAGCGAGGUAACAGGAUUGGUUUUAGUCACAGACAUUUGGACAGCAGCCUUUCCAAACAUACAAGGUUCCAGUAUGUUAACAUUUGCAAGAUGUUUACACAUUCAUGAAAUCGAAUAUUUGGAACUAUUUGAGGCCACUGUACGUCAACUGCUCUCGCGUUGACGGUUGUCCAGAUUGGCUCCCCUGCUAAUGGACAGAUUCUGUCAUCGGAUAAACUCCUUCGAUUGACUUUGUAACAGUAAACUCUCCAGGACGUAUGGGAUUUUAGUCUUCAGAGGAGAGAACAAAGCUGCAGUGGAUUGAAUUUUCUGCGAGGAACAUAAAACAGAACCACAAAUGAGUCCUGAAGGACACAUAUUGUCCACCAUGUAACUGUAAUGUAAAGAGGAAGAAAGCAAAUUAACCAAUGUACCUUUGUUUUUUGUAAGAUAUAUUCUGGAGUUAAAAAGGUUGCAGUGAGAGUUUUAAUAAGUAUGCAUUUGGGUUUUUUUGCAUAGUGUGUUUAAGCUAUGCACGUCUUUUCUACCUUUUCAAACUAGAUGACUAGUUGAGAAAAAAAAAAACUUUAAUCUGCACAAUAAAUCAGCCGAGUAGAACUAAAACAUCAAUUUAUGUUGUUUUGUUGGUUGCAACAAGACAAGCUUUUCACAUUCACACCUGAAGACAUAAAAAUACUCUUUUUUUGUCCAUUAAAAUUACAAAGUUGAAAGUUAGACUCUGACUUGUGCAUUUAACAGAUAUAGUGUAAAAGAAAUGUUGGCCCUUCAGCAAAUAAUUGUGCAAACUGUUUUCUUGCACAGUGACAAUCAUCCAUUAUACAAAGAGGACAACCUAUAUUUUCUUGACAAUGCCAUUUAAUAAUUGUAGCCUGUAAAUUUGAUAUCAACACGUCUCCACUCCCUACAUUUAGACUUUAUUUGAUUUUAUAGGCAGUCAAAACCACUGACUAUAUAUCAAGACGGACAAUUCGUCUGUGAAUUAUUAACUUUAAGAGUUAAUACGAUUUAAGUGGGUAAGUUACAUAAAAAUUCAGUCCCUG